CCAUAGAAUCCAUAAGAAAGGACUGUCUUUGUCGGAGCUACAGCUUAGACUGCAGUCACUUUGUCUUGUCCUAUCACUCCGUCGUCACACGUAGAACCGCUUCAGCAGCCAGUCGAUGCUCAGUAACCGGCACCAUCGCAGUACUGUCACAUCAUGGAGCAACAACAGAAAGACCCCAUGGAGAGAAUACGAGAGUUUUCCAAAGAAGCUCGUGAACUCCAAGAUGACUCGAUGGACUUUGACGCGUCCAGCACCGAGGCGCGUCUAGAGCAAACAUUGAGGGAAUUGCAGGCACGCGUUGGAGAACAACAUGCAGCGCUGGACGAGUUACGUUCCCAAGCGAACGGUAGCCUGGAAGCUGCUGCACAUGCCUCAGAUGAUCCACGCCAAAAGCUCCAACAACUCAUAGUGGUCAAAGACGCGUAUCAACGCCUCAAGCCAACAGCAACACUCCUUCCAGCCCCCAAGUCUGUGCUACCAGCGCUAUUGGCAGCGCGUACUAUUCAACGUAACGUUCAAGGAACCAAGGAAGCUAUCACAAGCACGCAACGUCAAAUCACCAGAAUAGAGGCCACCCUGCGCCGCGAAGAGGCCAAUCUGCACGAUGCCAAUCUCCUCACACAAGCCAUGGAGAGCCGGAUCGAGCGACUGCGCGUCCAGCAUGAGGACCAUUCGCACAAGAAUCCUGCGCAGCUUGCACGGGAGCUCAUCGCAGGCAAACGUGCUCAAAGGGAGGGCUACGACGCAGAAAUGCAGCACCUCGGCGAAGCAAUGGACAAUUUCAUCAACGACUACCUAGCUGGUAUGAUUGCAGCUGAAGAACUCGGCGGCCCUGUCGUAGGCGACAUGCUUGACGUUGAAGACGAUACGCUCGCAGCUGGCUUCACGAAGAAAGGACGCGCGAAGUCGUCCAAAAAACCUUUGUCUACAAAGUCUCGCCAGCGCAGGAUCGAUCAGAUAUGGGGCAGCAAAGCUGUUGUUGCGGACGACGAAGAACCGCCUACAGAGGCUGAAGCUGCUGAUGCGGAGAUGCGACAACUGCUUGAGGAUUUGUUUGCUACGCUGAUAGGGCCAGGAGGGGGGAAGGCGUACUAUCAGCUUCAAAAGGAUUCUGCGACUUCGAGGUUUCUAGUCCGAGCGAAGGUUGCGCAGUUUCAUCCGAAGGACGCGACGAAGCUGCGAUUGAUUGACUUUGGGAGGGAGUUGGAUGACUGAUCCUCUCAUGUUGGGCUCAACAAAUGAGAUGUGAGAUUUGGAAACUUAAUGAUAUACCAAGAAGUUGACAUUGGCUUGGAUCGGGGUCAAUUGGCUUCAUUAGACGAGCGCUUGA